AUGGCUAAUUUACCAAUCCCACAAGAUAUUUUUAGUCGACUCACUUUUAUUCAUGAGUAUGAAAAAAAUCAGGAUGGAGAGAAUAAUACAGUUGAUCCAGCAUCAAUAAUCAAUGAUUAUCAACCUCAUAUUCUAACUAAUUUUAAUCUCAGUCAUCAUCUUCCUCCAGAUCAUCUUGCUACACAACUAUAUCGAGAUGCAAUGACAGUUCCCGCCGAUCGAAUUCCUCUUUUCAUACCACCAGCAAUUGGUACAAACUUUCCCAUAGGAGAUCCAAAUUAUAUUACUCAACCAAGAAAUACCUCACUCUUACCUGCUUUAAUCGCUGCUCAGGCUAUUAAAGUGGAUUUUCGUCAAUAUGAUAUUGUGAGUGAAAGAAAUUCACUACGAAAAAUCGCCAUGAACGUAAAAAUAUAUGCCGUAGGAGUGAUGCGUUAUGGCAAGACAUUAUUGCUUAGACGUUACGGUAGACGAUCUGUUAACAGAAACGAUGUAGGAAUUCUUUUCGAGGAAAUGUGUACACCUAACUAUCCUUCAGGUGCUGAAUACAAAUAUUUAAUAGAAGGAAGAAUUGGAACAUUAAGAACGUUAGUAACAGCGGAGAUUGAUGCUGUUUCAAAUGGAAAUAACCAAAAUAACAAUUCAAUAGAACUAACAUGUCGAAAAGAGGAAAAAUUUCAAAAUAAAGUUGAUGUAUGGUUACAGACAUUUUUAAGUGGAACAGCAACUCUCAAGGUAGGUCAUCGUAGUGCUGAUGAACCAAUACGACUUCUUGGUAUGAACGAUUACAACACAGAAGAUUUGAUUGGCCAAGAAAACAAAAUAAGAAUUCUACAACAUCUUCAUCACGUGCUUUGUUUCCUCCAAGCAAAUGUGCAAGAAAAUCGCAAUUAUAUAUUUUAUCGUCAUCCACGUGAUCAACCACCGAAUGAUAUGGGUUUAUUCUUAUACGAGAUAACCAAUUCAAACGACGUACAUCGUUUACAAUUCAUCCCAAAAUGGAUGCUCAAACAAAUGUUUAUUAGAAAUGAAUAA